AUUGAGUUCUAAUAUGUUUUCCACUGGGACAUUCAUCUUGUUUGUGCUUUUCGCUGCUAUGAAUUAUGCUUUAAAAUCAGAAGCUAAAGGAAACUGUUCAAAUGAUCGAACAGAAACUAUCAUGGAAAAGCUUUUAAGUUUUGUUAAAGAAAUCAAACUAAUAAAUUCAGGCACUGACUGUAGAAACAAUCACCAAAAACCGAUAGCAUUUUAUGCUCAGUUAACAAAACAAGUGACAGUCUCUGGAUCGGAUACUGUGGUAUUUGAUAAGGUAUUCACAAAUACAGGGGAUGCAUACGAUUCCAAAACUGGUAUUUUUCGGGCACCUGUCAAAGGACUAUACUACUUUGAUUGUACAUUAAUGUCGAUUGGAACCCCAUUACACCUUAUAUUAAUGAAAAAUAAAAGUAUGCUGACCAGAGGACACAGCUUUAGUAAUCGUGAUUUUGGUUCGAUAUCUGGAACCAUAGAGCUUGAGAUUGGCGAUAAAGUGUCUAUACAACAUUACUCGGCUGCAAGAUCAGAAGCUAUCCAUGGUGAAUACGCUAGUUUUACUGGGUACUUGAUUUCAAUCUCUUGACGAUUUCAAAACUUUGGAAAAUGAAAUUACUAUUGAA